GGACGCCUGUCGGUGGGUCACAUGAUAUGACAAAGCAGUAGUUAGCGGCUUCCUUCCAGACGGCAACAGACUGCGAUUACUGACUCCUCCAAGAUGCUGGCCCUCAUUAACAGACUGUUAGACUGGUUCCGGUCGCUUUUUUGGAAAGAAGAGAUGGAGCUCACGUUAGUCGGACUUCAGUACUCUGGAAAAACCACAUUUGUCAACGUAAUUGCUUCGGGGCAGUUCAGUGAAGACAUGAUCCCCACAGUCGGUUUCAACAUGCGGAAAGUCACUAAAGGCAAUGUAACAAUAAAGAUAUGGGACAUAGGCGGACAGCCCCGCUUCAGGAGCAUGUGGGAGCGCUACUGUCGAGGAGUCAACGCUAUCGUUUACAUGGUGGAUGCAGCAGACAGAGAGAAAAUAGAAGGUUCCAGAAAUGAAUUGCACAACCUUUUAGAGAAACCACAACUACAAGGAAUUCCUGUUUUAGUCCUCGGUAACAAGCGGGACUUGCCCAACGCACUCGAUGAGAAGCAGCUCAUUGAAAAAAUGAACCUUUCUGCCAUUCAGGACCGGGAGAUCUGCUGCUACUCUGUGUCCUGCAAAGAGAAAGACAACAUAGAUAUCACACUGCAGUGGCUCAUCCAGCAUUCAAAGUCACGAAGAAGCUGAAAAUGCAAUCUGCCUGCCCCCCACCCAAACACCACCUCUGCCCUGUCGCAGCGCUGGCCUUGGCCCCCACAACACACCACACCCCAAGUUUUCCCUUCAGUCCGGGGUUCUCAACAGUCACCCUUUGCACUGCCUCUGUGAAGUAAUCCAGCUCUCUUUGCUCACUACCACCCCCUAGUACACUACCGUAGAUGUGUAUCUUCCUGUACAGCACUACCCCAUCCCCCACCACCAAUCCCCAUCUGACAGACCUUGUCAGGAAGUUUCUUCCUCUCAUUAAUGAUGUCCAGGAAGCUAAAGGUAUUACAGUGUGCUGUUCCCCCCACUCCCAUACAUCAACCGCCUACUCUGUUCCUCAUCAACAUUCACUGCUUACGCGGCAUUUAGUGAUUGUAUCUUUGAGCAGUUAUUUGCCAAAACGACAACGGUUGCUUCUGCCUAUUUCUUUUUGUCUUUUUUUUUUUUUUUUUUUUUUUUUAAAUCCAGAUCUUUUGCGACGUUGCAGAAACAUUCUUCAUUUGCUUGGCAUUUGGAAGCGUCUCCUACUCGGGUGUCUUAAAUUCAAGUUUACACAUAACUUUUAAAUCUCGUUAAAAGGUUAAGGGUUUUCGGUGUGCAAGAUUUCCCGAGCCAAAUUUUAAGUGCCUUUGACUGCGAAAAGUGUCCCAAUCAGACGGUUAGUAUCCCUGGAUGACUCCUAUCUUAACAGCACCUAUAGACAAUCUCGUUUGAAGCUCCCCAUAAAUCACGUAAGCGUGUCACAAUGUCUGACGACGAAGAACGGAGGACAAGAUGCUACUUUUCUCAUGCUUGCCGGGGCGUCCGAAAGCCUUUUUGAGUUAUGUCUGUAGCGUGGAAAGCUGGGAGAGAUUAUUGGGAGUGUUUUUACGCAAAGAGCUGGACCACGUCCAAUCAGAUGUCUCUCUCUCUCUCUCAAGGUGAGUUUUAUAUAUAGGGGUCGGGUAACAGAAAGCCAGUGUUACGGCGAGGUUAUCCCUUGUUUGAGUCACCUCUGUUCAAACGAAAUGUUUCUCAUUUACACAGGUUUGCUUUUUAUUAACAAGACUAAUCGGUCGAACCACUAUUGUCCUAGUUGAUGUAUCGCAAGCAGGUUUUUUUUUUCCCUCCUUAUGCUUAAAUCUCUGGAAUCAUGCCACUAUAGCCACACCCACAUCACUCUUAUUUUCUCUCAUGUAGUCCAUGCGUCGAUUGUCGGGACCACAGCAGCAGUGAGGGAGGGGGAGCUGAUCAUUUGCCUCAUCUUGCAGAAAGCUUUUUGUUACCUGUGAAAUAAAUAUAGCCCAUUUGCAUCAUUUGUACCUGCAUGUGCUGGGCUUGCUCACACUCAUUGGUAGACUUUGUAAAUAAGACGUUAGCAUUUUUAUUCAAAUAAAUGCUCCUGUAGAUGUCAUGCAUUAUCUCCCUGUGAUUGCCAAUAAAUUUUGUUUUUAUUUAUAAGGAUUUCCAACAUGUGCUGUCUUUUGUGAAAGCGUCAUUUUGCUGUUUCGCCACUAGAUGGCAGCCGAGGGCUUUGAAACGGAAAUGACGAGGCAAGCGGCCAUGAAGCUAAUAUAGAAUAUUUUUGAAAGUGAUUUUGAAGCAAAAUGAAAGCAGUCGCUGGAAGGGCGUGGUUUGUUUGCAGUUUUCAAGAUGAAGAGAGAAAAAAUACAGUUACAUGAAAAUUUUCUGUUGUAUCACUGAUGAAUUCUUCCACUUCCAUUUCUCAUUUUUGGUUAUAACUAUUCAUUGCAACACAUUAAACCAUGUUGUACCUGUAAUUUUUACUCGCUGUUCAAAUGCUGAAUGCUCUUUU